AUGGCACAGGUGACCUUGGCACAGAACCUGAACCUGGCCAGGUAUCACAAUCAGCUUCAGGACCACUUCGAUCAGAGCAACAACCGGACUUGGCCACAGGCCUACUACGUAAACGCUACGUUUUGGAAGCCUGGCAGCCAGUCACCCAUCUUCCUCUGUGUUGGUGGGGAAGGCCCAGCACUGGACAGCUCAGUCGUUGUCCACUCGGUGCAUUGCAAUCUCGCUGUGGAGUGGCUCCAGGAGAAGGGGGCCCUGAUGUUUGCCUUGGAACAUCGCUACUACGGGUGUCACAAUCGAUCUGCGUGCCCCGUGGAAAGCUUUGAUGUUGGCUCCCUCAGCUACCUGUCAUCUCGGCAGGCAGUGGAGGAUGUGGUACAUUUCGUAAAGGCCAUGAGUAUCGAGUACAAAUUGACCAGCGAGAACCGUUGGAUGACCUGGGGCGGAAGCUAUCCUGGAAUGCUGGCAGCCUGGUCCCGGCUAAAGCAUCCCGCUCUGAUCCAUGCGGCUAUCGCAUCCUCAGCACCCGUUUCAGCCACGUACGACAUGCCGCAGUACCUGGAUCAUGUGACCUAUGCCUACACUGUUUCGGACAGUGGUGUGGGUGGUAGCUUAGCCUGCAGAGAUGCGAUCAGAACUGGGCAUGCCUGGGUGGAAGGUCGCUUCUUGGUGGGGGAUUUCAAGGCGGUCACAGACAGGUUUAACCUGCCUGAGGAUAGUUUAUCCUCUCCGGACAAUCGCAUCGCCUUUGGAGCGAAUGGUGUAGCGGACUUCCCUGCUCAAGAGAACGAUCCGCUGUGCGCGGAGCCUGCAUGCAACAUUGCCAAGGUCUGCACGGUCAUGACCAACGCCUCCUUGGGUGAUGAGGUGCAGCGGCUUGUGCAGCUCCGCCAGCUCCAAAACAUAUCAGGAUUUCCACAGGCUGGAGAACUUUUAGUAGGAAGAGCUCUGGGCCAGACGUCACCUCUGCGGUUGGGAGCUCAAGGCGUGUAUUCCCAGGGACCUGGGCUGCCAGACUUCUGGUUCUAUCAGACAUGCAAGGAGUUCGGCUUCUACCAGACGUGUACUGCAAGUGGGGGCUGCAUGUUCGUUCGCGGCCUGGCUAAUGCCAGCUACUAUGCUGCCGGGUGCGUGAAGCAGUUCAACAUCAGUUUGGAGGAUGUUCAGAACAACAUAGAUGCCACGAAUUACCACUAUGGUGGCUUGGAGCCUCUGGAUGAUAAAGGCAAGUUGGGCCGGUGUGUGAUGUUUCCAAAUGGUCAGGUUGAUCCUUGGUCGACGCAGAGCAUUCUUCAGGCACCCAGCAAAGAUCUGCCCACCUUGAUGGUCCCGGGCGCAUCGCACCAUGCGUGGACUUGGCCAUCGCGGCCAGGUGAUCAGGAGAGUGUCAUGACUGCCCGGACAACCAUCCGACAACAGGCAGACGCCUUCCUAAGAAAGAGCUGCAUCGAGGACUCCAUCGAUCACAACAACCGUCAGAGUGCACAUUGGAUCAUCGUGUUCUUUGGUGCUGGCAUCCUUCUGCUGGCUGUUGUAGUCACAUGUGCCGUGUGGAGAUGCCGGAGGUCACAUAGGUCUCCUCCCCUACUGCCAUCGUCCACCAUCAGUUUGCAAAACGCUUGA